ACCUACAAUUAUUGAAAUAUGCAGCCCCUGUAAACAGAAACGCGUGAUACUCAGUGUACAAGAUAUUAAAGGACAAUGAACAUGGACGCGUCCAAAAUCACGAGCAAAACGAGUGCGUUGAAAGCAUUGAUCCUCAAAGCUUGGCGUGAGCGAUGGACCGACAUCCAGUGGGGCAUCAAUAUCAAGACCAUACUACCAAGAGGCGUAAGUGGCGAUUUGUACAAUUUAGCAGAUUGCAUUCUGCAGCAGGCAAUGGUUGGAUGCGGAGCUAAUCAACUUGUAAUAUCGUACCUCAAGCAUUCCUUGGCAUCUCAUUUGGUGUCUUACGCAGCUGUCCUACAACGAAUAGCAAAAUUUGACGCAUUUCACAAACCUCAUUGUAUCAUCAGCCUCCUAGAGUUUCUUGAAAGCUUUUUGGAUAGUAUCACCUGUCGCGGCAAAUUAGAAGAAGAAGUGUUGGCGUUUGCAGUGUCAUCGAUAAUACUGUGGCUCUUGCAAGUGUAUCAUUAUUCUCUGACCAAAUAUCCUUCAUCAAACCCCAUCCAAUGUCAGGAGUUGUUAGAAAAGUCUACAUCUUUACUUAAUUCCAUUGUUAACACAGACUUUUUGCUGGGAAUGUUUUAUUUGGCGAAACAACAUGACCAGGAGGAGUACAAUGAAGUGACAAAAAAAUGUCAAGAAAUAACAGGGUUUAUGAUGAUGAAUACUCAAUUCAAAGCACCUGCUACUAUACAUGAGACUUUGCAGAAGAUCUGCAAUAUGGACCUUGACAAAAUUGCUCCUCUGAAUAACAAGCCAGAGUCAGUGACAUACUGCUUGCAGGCUUUGAUUGCUAUUGAAGUUUUAGCACAUCCAAGUGCAGAUUUGCAGCAGUUAGCUGGUCAGUUACUGAUGAUCCAGAGAAUCAAGGGAUAUUCUUUGUCCAGACUGUAUUGUGAACUCAUUAGGGCUAGUUUUAUUUCACUGAACGAUUCUAGUAAAGAUGCUUCAAAACAAGCUUUGUGGGCUGCAUUUACUUUCCUCAAACUACCUCAAGUGAUGCUCUACCUCCACACUACAUGUGGCACCACUAAUAGCGAUGGGGAGUAUUCAGUUGAAUUAGUAGAUGCAUUUGAGAAACUACUACAGUCAAAUCCCUUGUUGGACAUUGUUGAUACAAAGAACUCUUGUAACAGUGUCAUAGCACUAAUAGAGCCCCUAGUGAAAUUGAAUGUUUUGUCUGAAAGUCAUUUGCAGUAUUUUAGCCAAAAACGUGAGAAUAAAGAUAUAAAGUUGCAAAAAUUGGAGCCUACAGGAUUGCAGGGCUCAGUACCAUCAUUCAUCACACGUGCUGAGCCAACACUUGCUGGAGUUCUUAAAACUUUGGGAGGUGAUUUUCAUAAAACUCAUGAUUCGUUAUAUGUGAUGUUUUGUCAGAUUGUAGGAGGGACUACUUUGGAUACCAUACUUGCAGUUGCCACUGUAGAAGGCAGAUUGAAACAAUUUGUCUCAAAGCUCAUAAAUUUUAAUGAAUAUGCAUUACUAGCUGCUAGCGAAAAGGGAGCACCACUUUCUAAAAUAUACAUCUUUGACAUUUCAUUUUUGAUAUUAGUAUCCAUUGUUCAAGAUUAUGGUUUUGAAGCUGUACUUGAAGAGAAUGGAGAAUCAUUUUUUGAAAAGUGGGUAAGAGAAUGCUUGCCUCAGAAUGGAGUACAUAAAUCUCCUGAGCAAAUACAACAAAAGUGUGACACACAGGUUAUAGAAGUUUUUAUACACCACCUGAGUGCUCCAGAUUUUAAAAAUACUAACCUCAAACCACAUGACCUGUGCUUGAAUGUGCCUGGAGUAAUUAAAGAGAUACUAUUUGCAUGGGAACAGGGAUCAUUGUCUGCAGCAGAUGUGAAACGUAUGUUGGACUCAUUAAGACAAAAAUUGGCAUCGUUAGCUGUUUGCGCUUCUGUGUGGUUAUGUGCUUAUAUAAAUGUUGUACAUCAAGAAGCAUCUUUAAAACCUCUUAAUAUGAUACAGCAGUUUUUGACACCAGCCGAACCUGAAUUGGCACAAACAGAUAAUUUUAAGGACCGAAUUGGGCUGAUGUGCCAAAUUGUAAGGAAGUUGCAAUAUGAUAUUCAUCCCCCAUCAGUACCAAAAUAUACCAAAGGAUAUACCCCCAUUAUAGUUUCACGUCAGCCUAUUUUAGAACAACUUCAGGCUGUAUGGGAAGAUAUCAAAUCUAGGGGUUACUUGCACAUUGAUGCCACACAUGUUGUUCUUAGUCUUCUUGUCACAGCUGGGCCAGUAUGGUUUGCCUCAAAUUUGGUAAAAGAGACAUUGAAGUAUAGGUACCAGGAGGACCUAGAUAGGUCAGUGGACAUUGUACUAGCCAUGUUCCAUUUCGAUAUUGAAAAAUGUACUGUGGCUUUGUUACUUCAUGUUUUAUCACAGUAUUUGUACAAUGCGAAGUUGUGCGAAGAGUUAGUGGAGCCACAAUCGGCGAUUUUAGCAAAACUCUCGGUAUAUGCUAUUUAUGCGGCUCUGGAACAUAUCAAUGCAAAUAAAUCUGACACUAAUAGAAAACGACGAUUAGAAGAGACAGAAGAUGGUGAAUGUUCCAGCAGUAAAGUGAGAAGACUUAAUGACAAUACGGCCAGUGAAGCUGGUAGUAGUUCUUUGCCUCCUCCAAGUCAGAGUCCUCCAUCACCUGUAGCUUUGAAGGAACCACUUCAAACUGCUUUAGAAAUACUGUUCACUUCAUUUUCUCAACUGGCGGGCAAAAAUGGAGAUGUGACCCCACAAACCCAUUUUAUACUACAGUUUCUUAUGUACAUUGUGCAAUGUGGACAGGACAGAGCUCAAAUUGUACUACAGAAAAUGCCUAGUGAAUUAGUGCCUACUUUGAUAAAAGCACUUCCAGAAAGUUUUAACAUAAACCUGAUACUCAGACUUUACGAUUUGACCACACCACAAGGGCGAAAAGACACUGCCAGAGACCUGUGUUUGUUUAGGAACAUGAGACUGAGACCUGACUAAUAAUUUUUGAGUAACAGUAAUGUACUUGUAAUUUUAAGUGAAGUUUCUUUAAUAUGACAUUGUAACGCUAUUGGAUCGUAAUCAUAAUAAAGUAGUCAUUAAUUGGAAAUUAUUUUGGUUUUUAAUUUUCACAAUUAUAUGGGUUUUCAGGAAAUAAAAUGAAGACUCAUAAUUUUAUUGUAGUAUCUUUACUUUUCAAAUCUCAACCAACAACAUAGCUUCAUAAUUUAA